AUGUCCGACAACAGCAAGCUCACCCCCUCGAGCCGUGACCUAGAGGUCGUCUUCGCGGCCUUCCAGUGCCUCAAGACACCUCCCGCCAUUGACGCAGAAAAGCUAGCCGCCACGGGCCUCUUCAAGAACGCAGCCUCCGCGACCUCUGCGUUCAGCCAACUCCGCAAGCGCCUCUUCCCCAAGGACGGCACGGUCGUGCUGGCCAGCCCGGGCGCCGCGACUUCGGGAAAGAAGGCCACCGCCACCGCCGAUGGUGACACUGCUGCCACAGGCCAGACUACUGCAUCAGGCUCGCGGAAGCGCGGCAAGGCCAAGGUUGUCGUUGCCCUGAGCGCCAAGCAGGAAGAUAGCAGCGGCAGUGGUGACGAUGAUAAGGACGAGGUGACAGGUAGCGAGGGGCCCGAGGAGCUGGUGAAGACUCAAGUACAUAGGGACAAUGGCGGCGGUCGUCCACGUGUGAUCCAAACCAGGUCUAAAGUUCGCCUCCUGUCUGGUUACUUGCACGCGUCUGGCUUUUCCCACCACUAUGCUGGAAUGAGACGGCCAGCCAGAACCUACUGUGCCGUUUCCGAUAUCAAUGUCACGAAUCUCGUAAUUGAGUCUGCAUAUCGCUGCAGACAGGUGGUCUGA